AUGCGUCCGAUGGGCAUGCACCGAUUUGGUGGCGUUGCUGCAUUACGCCACCAAACCAUAUCACCACAGCGGCUCUCGCGUCUGUAUGUACCGACUGUAUCAGCCGAUGCUUUGGGCUCUCUUGACACGCUGGAGAGUGUGCGGCGCUUGCUUCGGGGAGGGUAUAUUCGACAGUCAGCAUCUGGCACAUACACGUAUCUGCCAAUAGGCCUGCGCAUGCUCAAGAAGCUUACAGCGAUUAUUGAGGAUGAAAUGCACCAAAUCAGUGCAUCGCAGCUGGAAUUACCGCAGCUAUUAUCGCCAGCACUAUGGCACAAAACCGGCCGCUUCGAGGCCAUGGGCAGUGAGCUCUUCCGGCUGAAAGAUCGUCGUGGAAACGACAUGAUUCUCGCCCCUACUCAUGAAGAAGAAAUUACGAAGCUUGUAGGUAUGGAGAUCGACAGUGCAAAGUCUCUACCUGUACGUGUCUUUCAGAUUGGCCGUAAGUUCCGUGACGAACCACGGCCUCGUGCGGGUCUGUUGCGCACGAAAGAGUUUCUUAUGAAGGAUAUGUAUUCGUUUGACGUGUCUGUAGAAGAUGCGCGCAUAACAUACGAGGAUGUGCUUUGUGCGUAUGAACGCAUAUUCCAACGCGUCUUCUGCUGGGACCAAGCCCGCUCGUCUGAGACGACGUGGAUGCGAGCUACAGCAGAUUCAGGCACUAUGGGAGGUAAGCUCUCUCACGAAUUUCAUGUGCCUGAUCCGGCUGGUGAAGACACCCUUCUUUCUUGCGACCAAUGCUCGUAUACAUCCAAUGUUGAGUGUGCUAAGUCGCUCGGUCGUGGCACUAAGCAAGAAGAACAAGGUCAUCAGCACGGCCGAGAUGAGACUGUUACCAAUGCUGCUCGGGCGGGCGAUCGAUGUGCUUCGUGCACACAUGGAACGCUCCGGGAACACAAGGCAAUCGAAGUUGGUCACACUUUUCUCCUGGGUACACGUUACUCCGAGGCACUAGGGUAUCACGUUGUGCCACGGCAUGCAGACCCAAAGCGACCAGAGCGUGUGCCACUGCAGAUGGGCUGCUACGGUAUUGGGAUUACGCGCGUUCUUGGUGCACUAGCCCAGCGGGCAGCACGUGAAUUUGAUGCAUGGCAUGCAGCGACGGCGCAAACAAGUUCGAUGCCAUUGCAACGCCGUCGCCCACAACGAGUGGGAUUCUUUUGGCCAUGUGAAAUUGCGCCAUUCCGUGCUCUGGUCCUCCCGUCCACACCCCAGCACAUGGAUAUCGCCAUGCGUUUGUGCACCCAGCUGGAUGGCGGUCUUGCUGUUACUUGGGCCGAUGGAAUGCAGGAGUUGCUCCACGUCCCAAAUGAGGAUGUUGCACUUGAUGAUCGGACGCACCAAUCACUGGGCUCCCGCCUGUUUGACAGCGACCUCAUGGGGUAUCCGAUUGUGCUGAUUUUGGGCAAACACUACGAUCAGACUGGCGAAGUGGAAGUACGUCAGGCUGGACAGCCCGUGCGGUAUGCCAAAUGCCAUGUGUCAAGCUAG